AUGUCGGACGGCGCUUACGCACGCUUCCAGCUGCUGCACAGACUCUCUGUUUCUCCAGAAAGCGCACAAGACGUCCUGUCCAUUGAGGGCAGCGCUCACCUGAGCAGGAAACACCGCCGGACAUGUGACAAGAGGACAUUCGCUACACGACGACAGGAAACAUUCCUUGGCGGGUACAUGGAGGGGCUCAUAGGAAUUAUGCUAGUGUUGUGCCUUAUCGGCUCAAGUAAUGCAAAUACCAGUCCCACAAUCAACACUAAAGUUUACACUGUGUGUGAAGACACCCCCAUAGGUGUCCACGUGUUCACGAUUGACGCAUCGGACGCAGAAAAUGACCCAUUGACCUUUACACUCGUUGCGCCCAAUCAAAAUUACUUCACAGUUGACAGUAACAGCGGGAGUGUAUCAGUCCGUGCGACACUAGAUAGAGAGAUUAAUAAUGUAAUGCCACUUGGAGUGACUGUGUCCGAUGGUCCGAAUAUUUCACCAGACAGAUUAACUAUCAUAUUAUCAGAGGCCAAUGACAACCGACCCAUAUUCCAGGCAGCUCCUUACGAUAUUGAGAUCCCAGAAAACACCACCGUAGGCACGACACUUUUUAGGGCACACGCCAUUGAUGCCGACACUUCGACCGGUGCUGUUGUUCGAUACAGCAUUGAUGAAGUUAGUCCAAGUACUGGAUUCAGUCUUUUUAGCAUUUCACCCCAAACUGGAGAAGUCAAAUUAAAUGGACGUCUGAAUUAUACUUCAUUGAGCACUUUCUAUCGGCUGCAGAUUAACGCAACUGAUGGCGGAGGUAGUUGUUAUUACAGUACAAUAAAUUACCAGUCAAGCAUUGCUUAUUCCUUCGUUACGGUUACGGAUGUCCCAGACCUUGACCCACAGUUCAUUGGUUAUCCCUACGUAGGGAGAGUUGAAGAGCAUUCUGUUUUGGGCCAGCCUGUGUUAAAAGUGACUGCCCUGGACCAGGACACAGGAGUCAAUGAUGUUAUCAUCUACAGCAUUGAAAAUUCCACAGCAGAGGGCCUGUUUACAAUCUCAACAUCUGGCCUCAUAUCUGUACUGUCGGAUAUUGACAGAGAAGUUAUUGGUGACACUGUUACCCUAACUGUAAAGGCUACUGAGUCUAAAGAAAACAUCCACGGGGUCCGAGCCUAUGCCACAGAAACAGUACAGAUCAACAUCAUCGACAUCAAUGACAACAGCCCGGAGUUUUACAAAUGUGGAGAAGAGUGUGUGAAAGAGAGUCACUUCACAGGAGAGGUUGUUGAGCACUGGUUGGGCUCUGUUUUUAUUAACAUGACUGUCAAAGAUCUGGAUAAGACUGCCAAUACUCGUCUUACCCUGGAGGGAGAUGACAAAAACGUGUUUUCUGUGGAACCAGGAUUUACAACUUCAGACAACAUCGUUCAGCUUCUGGUCAAGGAGCCCCAAAAACUGGAUUUUGAAAAACAUCAAAUGGUUCUGAAAGUCAUUGCGAUAGAUGAAAAAGAUCCCGCCUUCCACUCCACUGCAACAGUUACUAUUAACAUCAAGGACGCCAAUGACAAUAGCCCUAAGUUCCCAGAGCACACCUAUGAAUUGAACGUUUCUGAGCACUCUCCUGUUGGGACAAUAUUUGCCACCUUAACUGCAGAAGACCCUGACACGAUGGAUCAAGGCAACCUAACUUACAAACUUCUUCCAGAAAGCAUACUACUGUAUUUUGAUGUGGAGUCACACACGGGAAAAGUUUACGUAAAAAACUCAACUCUGUUGGAUCGUGAGGUCAGAUCUCUGUAUUCAGCCACUCUGCAGGCCAUAGACACAGACGACAAGCCCGGCAGCACGGUACUGGAGAUCACUGUGACUGACAUCAACGACCACGCCCCAAUCAUCAACAGAGACCCUUACCGGGAGUUUGUUAAAGAGGGUGAAGAGUUUGAACUUAAGAUAGAGGCAACUGAUGCAGAUGACUCCGAUACAGUUAACAGCCAAAUAGUGUAUGGAAUCGUACCCAGCCUCUACAGUGAUAACUUCACCAUCAAUCCUGACACCGGUGUGUUAACAAACAGGGGUGAGCUUGAUCGUGAGGCCCUGGACCCGAAGCUGAACGGGGUGAUUGAGCUCAAUGUGACUGCUACUGACAAGGGUACACCACCAUUAUCCACCAUGGCCACCGUUAUCAUAAAUGUAGAGGAUGUCAAUGACAACACACCAACAUUUGAAGCCUCCUCUUACAAAUUCUCUGUCAGAGAAGGAGAAAAAGGUGCCUUUGUGGGUUUUGUUCAAGCUAUGGAUUUGGACCAAACAGCAGAGUUUGACCGUAUUUCUUUCAGCAUUAUCGAAGGAAGCUUUGGCAGCUUCAUCAUUCGCACCUUCGCAGAGGAGCGGGGUUACAGGGGAAACAUCACUGUGGACCCCGACAUUGAGCUGGACUACGAGAGCGCUCGCAAGCAAUUCAAACUGCAGGUGGAGGCAACAGAUCUGGAACAGAAGAAAGCUGUAGUGUUGGUGGAGGUGGAUGUGUUGGACGUGAACGAUGAGAGGCCCGAGUUCAAGCCAGCAGUGACAACUGUGAUAGUGAAGGAGAACACGACCAUUAGCGGGGUUGUUGGGAUAUUUACAGCACAGGACAAAGAUGGAAACCACUCACUGGUCUACGAGCUUGAAUCCAUGGAAUGCAGAUGCAACUCAACUUCUCUGACACCCUGCAACUGGUUUAUUCUGGAUCCAACGGGGGAGGUCAGAGUCAACCCAGAGCACACAGUGGAUUAUGAACAAUGUGACAUGGUGCUGAUAAAGGCUCAGGUGGUGGACAAGUACACAGAGAAAGGAGAGAACAAUAGCGUCACAACAGGACAAAUGGAGAUCAACAUUGAAGACAUCAACGACAAUGCUCCAGAAUUCAUUUACUCAGAUGCUGUAUUUGUUGUGGUGUCAGAAAGUGCAAGUAAGGGGACAUCGGUAGCAGGAGUCACUGCUACAGACCGCGACUCUGGAAUAAAUAGGCAGAUUACCUUUGAAGUAAUCACUGUCCAAUUUAAAGACACCAACAAUCAAACAAGUAACCUGAGGAUACUGUUCGAAGCCGUCACCACACAGCAAAAGGACAUAUAUGUUGGAAUUAUUCAAACUAGCGAGGCGCUUGAUACAUCACUGAAAGGGAAGUAUUUGGUAACAGUACGUGCAACUGACACCGCCAACCUCUUCAGACACACUGUACUGGAGAUUUUCGCAGUUGAUGAAUCAUUUAAAGUGGAACUUGCUUUUACAAAACCCCUAUCCUUCAUUGAAGAAAACCUCAACCAAAUCACCAGAGCGCUUGUUGCUGCAACAAAGACUGCUGUUGAAAUUGUUUCCAUCAGGUCUAACACUGCUGAAGCAUCCAGGGUUUCAGGUAACACUAUCAUAGUGGCAUAUUUUGUCUACUCCAACGGGACUGCUCUUAUCCCUAUUGAAGUGGAAAGGAUGAUCUCUGAUCCUCAACACUCUCUUGGACUUAUAGAGCUUGGCCUUGCGGACAUUGGGAAGGCUCCUGUGAUUGAACCAGACACUGACCCUGUGAAGUACAUCCUGCUUGGGAUGGUGGCCGGCCUCGUCAUCGUGCUGGCUGUCCUCACCACUUCACUGAUGUGCACUCGCAGAAACUACAAGAGGAAGCUGAAGGCAGCUAAAGCCAUGAACUCUGCAUCCAUGGUGACUUCUGACAACCAGAAAAGUGGUCCUGUGGUGCCGGGAACCAACAAGUACACCAUGGAGGGGGCUAAUCCUGUUCUCAACCUCAACAUCGACACAACCAUGAUCCUGGACAUGGACGCGGAGAGCUCAGAUGUGGACAAAGUGAGCCUCAACUCCAUGGACUCCGCUGAUUAUAUGAGCAUUCCUGAAAAAGAUACAUCUUUAAUGAACAUGAUCCAGGAGGAGGAGGAGGAGGAGGGUGACCGCGUGCCACUGGAGUACAUUGAGCCUCUGGGUGCAGCCCUGGCUCAGCGGGGCCAAAAGAAAGGCUCUGGCGAUCCUCGCGCUGGUAUUAGUAACCCUCUAUUCAGCACUACAGACCUGUGA